UCUUCUUUCAACAGCAGCAACAGUUCGUCAGACACCUCGGUAGCUUGCUAGACAAAAUAAACGAACCAAUAAAGCUUUUUAGUGUAUAUUAGACCAUGUGGUUUAUCCCACUCCUGUCGUCUAGUUAGUUAUCCGACUUAAUUUCUUAUUUACGUUGUUGUAGUUAUUAGUCAGCUAGCGGUCUGGUUAAGUUAGCACUAGCCUAGCUAGCUAACAUCCCCGACCAUGAGUUCACUAAGCUGCUCACCUCCAGCUAAAGAAGAGGAAGUCUGCUGGACGGAGAAAGAGGGUCUCGUCAAAGAGGAGGAGGAAGAGGCGGCUGUUACAAUACAAAAACAAGUAGAGGAUGAGGCUAUCACCGUGAAGGAAGAAGAGGAAGACGUUUCAUUGAAAGAAGAGGAAGACGCGUUCAGAGUGGAAGAGGAAGAGGAUGCCGUUUUUGGAGUGAAAAAGGAGGAGGAGGAGGAAGAAGAGGAAGAAACUGGAUAUCUGGGCCCGGUUUCCCCAAAGCACCUUAAGGCAUCUAAUGAUGAACUUAGCUGUAAGAUGGUUUUGAGAAACCGUUCCCUGAUUAACACUAGAGAAGGAUGUGACUAUUGUGGAUCCUCUGGGGAGCCUCAACAACAUCAUGAAGCUGAUGUGGCAGAGAAAAAAUCACAAUUACACCAGAGAAUACACACAGGAGAGAAACCUUUUAGCUGUGAUGAAUGUGGGAAGAGUUUUACUAAGCCAAGCAACCUGAUAUCACACCAGAGAACACACACAGGAGAGAAGCCUUACCACUGUUCUGACUGUGGAAAGAGGUUCUCAAGAGCAGAGAACCUAAAAGUACACCAGAGAAGCCAUACAGGAGAGAAACCUUAUAGCUGCUCUGACUGUGGGAAGAGGUUUCUUUUGUCAGGACAUUUAAAAGCACACCAGAGAAUACAUACAGGAGAGAAACCUUAUAGCUGUGAUCAAUGUGGGAAGAGUUUUACUCAGUCGUGCAACCUGAUAUCACACCAGAGAAUACACACUGGAGAGAAAUAUCACCGCUGCUCUGUCUGUGGGAAGAGAUGCACCACUUUAUCAGACCUCAAAAUACAUCAGAGAAUCCACACAGGAGAGAAACCUUAUAGCUGUGAUCAAUGUGGGAAGAGGUUUACUCAGUCAAAGAACCUGAUAUCACACCAGAGAACGCAUACAGGAGAGAAGCCUUACCAUUGCUCUGACUGCGGGAAGAGUUUCCACAGAUCAGAUUCACUAAGAAGACACCAGCGAACACACACAUGUGAGAACUCUCUUAGCAAUAAAUUUCAUAGCUGUGAACAAUGUGACAAGAGAUACUCUGAUAAAAGAUCUCUGAUUAAACAUCAGAAAAUACAUGAAGGAGUUGUUCCAUGAUAUCAAUGAAAUGAUGUCACAAUGUAGAUUGUUUUAACAUUGUCGUCGGAGUAUUUUAAUGAUGUCACAAUGUAGAACGUUUUAACAUUGUAGUAGGAGUAUUUUAAUGAUGUCACAAUGUAGAAUGUCUUAACAUUGUGGUCGAAAAAUCCAGGUUCUGAAUUGAAAGAGUUAAACAGACAAAGUGUCGCGUUACAUUUACCUCGUUGGUGGCCCACUUGAAUCAAAAUGCAACACUUCAAAAUGUAGCUGUUGUCUACAAAUUGUCCUCUAACCAGGGAUGUACACAUUAUUCCCAGAUUCUGUGUGGUGUUUGAGCUGUUAGUUUUAACAGGACGUGCAACCUCACCCCCCCCUCCCCCUCGCAAUUUUUUCCCCCAAGUGAUAUCAAUAUGAGUGAUGACAAAUAAGUGUUGCAUUUCUCUUCGUUUUGGGGACCCCUGCAUUUAAAUGCAUCACUCCAAAAAUGUAGAUGACUGUCUUCUGCUAGUUGUCGUUAUUCCACUACUGAAGAAGCACGACUCAAAUCACCUCAUAUUUCAAACAUUCAGCCUGACAAAAUAUACAUGUUUUAUUAUUCCAUGCCUCACCAUUAAGUGAAUUGUUGCUAAUACCCAUUAACAAAGGGGUGUACAUUUGGUUUUGAUAUUGAAUAUUUCACAACAUUUUCAAUUCAUGUAACGUUUGCAACCAACUUACAGUUUGUAUAAAUGUUUAUGAAACAAUGUAGUAAAACUAGAUUAUAUUUCUGGUUGCGUAUUACAUAUAUUAUAUUCUUACUAUUUUUAUUAAUGUAAUUUC